AUGACAGCCCCGAAAGAGGACAACCAGCAAGCUGCAAGUCAAGUGGAGAAGUGGGAUCCAGCGAGACGGAUUCAGGCUUGGAAUCACCACCGCCGAGCAGUGUGCUCGGUUCUAGACAAACAGCAUUGGUGGCAGACCCAGCUUGCUGGUGACGAGCGCGAUAUUCGAUGCAUGGUGGUAGCAAAAAGUCCUUGGGAGGACGAGAACAGCAUUUGGGUGUGGCCUCGCAGUGGACACGACAACCAAAAGGAGGACGGAUCUACAAAAAUCCAGCGUUUCCUAGUAGGAGCCAAAAGCACAGAACAGCAUCAUCAACCGAUUAAGCCUGUUACCGACGACGAGGCGUCUGAAUGGUGGCGUGCUCAUUGUACGCAGUCACACUUGGUUACCAGCGGGGCUCUGUUCAUUGAGAACCUUUAUAGAGCAGAGUUCCGCAGUAAUUUCAGGAACGAGGGCGACGUCUUCCCAGUGUGCACGUCAGAGGUGGUCGCUAAUCGCGAUUUGUACGAGCUACAGCAGCGAGCGAAGCGUGCUGCACGCACGAAGAGUCUAGAGCAGGACAUUGAGCAGCGAAUUAAAGCUUUGACCGCGCAAGUUGAGCGCCGCGUCCACGAAAUGGAGUCUCAGGUCGAGGCAAACACUCAGUUGGCACUAGAAAUCGCCCAACGAAAGGUGGAACAGCGAGCUCGCAUCACACGCGAGCAGCAAGCAACAAUGACGAUACAACGCUAUGCACGGGGAAUGCAAGGACGGAAGUGUGCGCGUGAGCUGAGGGCCGAGUUCUUUGUGAUGGUUCGUGGUCGUGCAAUUCGUCGCGGACGGUGCGAGGAGUGUGGGGAUCAGCGUGCUGUACUCGAGUGCCAGCAGUGCGAAAAACUCACGUAG